CCGCCGCCACCGCCAGCAGCAGCCGCAGCUCGGGCUCCUCCUCGCUCCCGCCCGCUCCGCCCGCCCUCCCUCCCUCCUCCUCCUUCCUUCCCUCUCCCGCACGGCAGCCGCGCUCGCCACAGCGGACGGGGUGUAAGGCAGCGACGCCGGCAGAGGCAUGGCCCGCACCAAGCAGACGGCCCGCAAGUCCACCGGUGGCAAGGCGCCCCGCAAACAGCUCGCCACCAAAGCCGCCCGCAAGAGCGCGCCCUCUACUGGCGGGGUGAAGAAGCCGCACCGUUACAGGCCGGGUACCGUGGCUCUCCGUGAAAUCAGGCGCUAUCAAAAGUCGACCGAACUUUUGAUCCGCAAACUUCCCUUCCAGCGCCUGGUGCGUGAAAUUGCUCAGGACUUCAAAACAGAUCUGCGCUUCCAGAGCGCUGCCAUCGGUGCUUUGCAGGAGGCAAGUGAAGCCUACUUGGUUGGCCUGUUUGAAGAUACCAACCUGUGUGCUAUCCAUGCCAAACGUGUCACAAUCAUGCCAAAAGAUAUCCAGCUAGCACGCCGCAUACGUGGAGAGCGUGCCUAAACUUCACUAUGAUGGGUUUGUCAUUCUCGAAGCAAAAUCUUCUUCCUGUUAUUGGUAGUAAUGAACGUUAGAUAUUUUUUCCAUGGGGUUAAAAGGUACCUAAGUAUAUGGUUGCAAAUGGAAAAAUAGGGGACAGAAUUGGGUAUUGGCAAGUUUUUUCCCAUUUUCAUUUGUGUGUGGAUUUUUAAUAUAAAUGAGGGGGCAUAAAACAUCAAUGCGGUCAAAAAAUGUUUCGGUGAACAAGUUUCAACAAUUCAACUUUAUAAAAAAAAAAAAUUAUAAAUAAACCUGUCAAAUUUUUCUGGACAAUGCCAGCAUUUGGAUUUUUUUAAACAAGUAAAUUUCUUAUCAAUGGCAACUAAAUGGUGUUUGUAGCAUUUUUAUCAUACAGUAGAUUCCAUCCAUUCACUAUACUUUUCUAACUGAGUUGUCCUACAUGCAAGUACAUGUUUUUAAUGUUGUCUGUCUUCUGUGCUGUUCCUGUAAGUUUGCUAUUAAAAUACAUUAAAUGA